AUGGCUGUCAUAUCUAUUCAAAAGGUUGUGACUCUUGUGAACAGGAUCGAGGGUCUGGUGACGGAGCCGCUGCACUCGAACUUGAUCAGCACGCUGGAGCGAUUCCUGGAGGGGGUUCGGAAGGUGCAGGCACGGCGCCGGGAGGAAGUGGUCAACGCCACCAACCGCCAGCGGCAAGGCGGACCUCGUCAUCAGGACGACAGAGAUGUGCUGGCACUAGCUGUCAGUAUCCACGAGCUCACCCUCCAUACGCGCAGGGCUCGCACCGCGCUGUGGUGUGCUUUGCAGAUGGCGCGAGCCACCCAGCCCGACCCUCCCCCCAUCAGCCAACCAGAGCCCAGCACUCCAGCCGACAGCCAAUCAGAGCAGAGUGUGCCAGGUGGGAGUGCGCCAACAGGUGUCAGUGAGAGUAGGCCAUAGUGUUGGUUGUUUAUGGUUGCUAUGGUUACGUAGUGUAUUCGAAGAUGGCAAAUGUGCCAGAUCAUGAAAUAUUGAGAAAUGAAAGGAAAGUCAACUUUGCAGAUGGCAAAGCGUCAAGCAGGGUAGCACGUGGCUGCCGAGGAGCACCAUAUCAAGAAUAUACGUCUCAAGAAAGGAGGAAGACUGGAGUGACUACCCAAGUCUACGUCGAUGUGUUACAGGAAGUAGUCGAGUUUGUAGCAAUAGAAGCAGAAUAUAUCCAGAGCUCCUGUAUGUGCUCUGGACUAGAAGGAAGCAGCA